AUGAAAGAAACAGAAAGCGGUGACAUCAGGUGCUUUCAGGACUGCAAGAGGAAAUGGGCGGAGGAAGACAUUCCCUGCCAACACCCAAGUCGUAUCUGCCCAUUGCAGCGUGCAGCAAGGUCACCCGGCCGAUCAGCAUUCGACGAGCAUCUAGCCCUUUCACCUGCAGACCAGUUAUCUCCCCAGUGGUGGGCUGUUUACUCUGUACAAAGUACUUUUCCCAGCAACGAGAGAGGGUAUUUGUAUAGCGGGGCAGUGACGGCCGGAGUCAGUGACGUACUGGUUGCCCACACCCGCUUUUUCUCACCGGCACCUGCGCUGCUCUUCUCCCCCACCCUUCAAACACAAGUUAUCUCUGCCUUUCCUCCGCAAGCUCUGUUGCUCAUCCCGAACAAUUGCUGA